ACAGAUUGAAAGGAAAAUUAGGAAGUAGAAAAUCAGUCUUGCGGUGCACAGCUUUGUCUGACUCACUCACUCUGCUCACUGACCGACAUGGCUGUUUAUCUCAGAAUUCUUCUCACCCUCACUGGACUCACAGGAAUUCACAGCAUAACCACAGUCAGUAAAGUGUCAGUGAGACCUGGUGAUUCAAUCUCUAUCCCAUGUCUCUAUGGAUCACAAUACAGAGACCAUGUGAAAUACUUGUGUAAAGGAUAUUAUUGGUCCUCCUGCUCUGAAGUAGUUAAAACAAAUCAACCAUAUAGUUCAGGAAAGUUUUCAAUCUCUGAUGACAAAACCCAAAGAAUUUUCACUGUGACUAUUAAAGACCUGACGGAUAAGGACACUGAUUACUGGUGUGCUGUGGAGAUCAAUCAAGGGGAUGAUAUCCGAAAAUAUUUUCACCUGUCAGUCACGAGAGAUAAGGUUUUCCCCAGUCUCUAUGUGGAUCAUCAGGAAAUGACAGGAUUUAAUGGAGAUAGUAUAACCAUCAUUUGCAACUAUAGAAAUUCUGGUGAAAUGAAGUGGUGCAGGCUGGGCAGGAACUGUGUGAGGUCAUCAGGAUCAAUAGAUGGAACAACAGUGACCAUCAAUCAGGUCCACACUGUGACCAUGAGUGGACUGACAACACAGAGCAGCGGCUGGUAUUUGUGUGUUAAAGGAGAUUUGCAGAUGCCAGUGCAUGUCACUGUUACUGAAAAACCCACUACUACAACAAGUUGUUUAACCACCUUAUCACACAUUACUGAUCACAACUUUGAAGAAAGAAUACAGGACAGGGCAUCAGUUGACCCAAAGAGCCUAAUCAUCCCUCUGAGUUUGCUGGUCUUCAUUGUAAUGGUGACCUUGUUAAUUUGGUUCAUGUUGAAAAAGCACAAACAAAGUAAAUCAGAAUCAUCAGCCAUGGCGACGGCUGGAGAGGAGGUAACAUACUGUAAUGUUGGAUACAUGAGAGAAACUUCAGGCCAGAGAUCACAUGCUGAAAGUGACAUGGACGUAAUGUACAGUUCUGUGGUUACCAUAAAACAGCAAAAAAUAAAAAGGGUUGAAGCACAAGAUAAUGAUGUGACAUAUAGCACACUGGCUCAGCCAAACCAAAAAAUUUAAAUGUUUGUCUCCUUAUCUGUUAGUUACUAGACUGUUUGAAUGAAUGUUGCAAUUCAUUGUCUGCUGUUAUCAUUUGGCUUUCACACCCUUUUUUUGUUUGUUUGUUUCACCCUCCUAUGCAUAUCUGCAAGGCAUUGACAUUCUUUGUUUGCCAAAUGCUCAAUAAGUUCAUUGACAUCAUGUAUCUUGGUCUUAUUGUAUUAUUUAUUAGGCAUAAAGCUCAUAUUAAUGAAUAAGCCUGGUUGUUUUCAAGAUGUUUCAGAACACAUGUCGCCAAAACCAAAAACCUGCCAAAGCCUGCUUAACUACAGUUGUGUUAAAUGCAAAUACAAUCGA